GUGGCAAAUAAACACACGGAAUCACGCACAGAAACACACGCACACAGAGAUGGCAGCGAUGGAGGCUAAGAGAGUGCGUUGUGCUGUGACAAGGAAUGCAGUGGACGAGGAGGCUCUUCCUCUUCCUCUUCCUCUUCCUCUCCCUCUCCCUAGGGAACUGUACGUUGAAGAUUUGCGGAAAGACGUGCCCUUCAGUUUUCUGACGGCGAACGGGUCAUCGCCGUUGACCGUGGAUCUUGUGAUCUCUGGCGAUAGGAGCGGAGAGAAUGGCAUAGGCGCGGGGGGAAGGAGGCGGGAAGGGCAAGGGGAAGCGGAACUGGGGGAACUGGGGGAACUAGGGGAACUGGGGGAACUGGGGGAAGCGGAAGCGGAAGCGACUGGUCUGAAGCAGCGGAACUGCGUGAAGGCAGAGGACAACAGUGGGCGGUGCAUACGGUGCAGGUCGCUGCCAAUCACAGAGCCAGAGGCAAACUCGGAAGAAGAAGAAGACUUCGGAGGCGAGAGAGAGGCGUACCUAGCCGCAGUUCUGGCCAGGUUCCGGCACACCCUCGCGGAGCGCAGUAGAUAUCAUCUGGGUUACCCUUUCAACCUCGAUUUUGAUUCUGGACCUUUGUCUCAGCUGCUGCAUUGUUUCUCCAUAAACAAUCUUGGUGAUCCCUUCAUCGAGAGCAACUACGGUGUGCACUCGCGGCUCUUCGAGGUUGGUGUUCUUGACUGGUUCGCUCGACUGUGGGAUCUGGAGAAGGAGGAGUACUGGGGUUACGUCACCAACUCCGGCACGGAGGGCAAUCUGCAUGGUGUCCUCCUUGGCAGGGAGGUGUUGCCCGAUGGAAUUCUGUAUGCGUCAACAGAUUCUCAUUACUCAGUCUUCAAGGCGGCAAGGAUGUAUCGAAUGGAGUACGUGAAGGUCAGCGCGCUGACCAGUGGAGAAAUGGACUGCGCAGAUCUGGCGUGCAAGCUGUCAGAGAGGAAGGACAAGCCGGCAAUUGUCGUUGUCAACGUGGGGACAACGAUGAAAGGCGCAGUGGAUGACCUGGACUCGGUCAUAGCGACUCUGAAGCGAGGCGGUUUCCCGCGUGAGCGCUUCUACAUCCACUGUGAUGGCGCUCUGUUCGGCCUGAUGAUGCCCUUCGUCAAAAAGGCUGCCGCAGCGAGGUUCAAGGUGACCUUUAAGAAGCCAAUAGACAGUGUCAGCGUCUCCGGGCACAAGUUUGCGGGCUGCCCGAUGCCCUGUGGCGUCCAGAUGACGAGAAUCUGCCACAUCGAACGGCUGGCGAGGAGUGUGGAGUACCUGGCCUCAAGGGAUGCUACCAUCAUGGGCAGUCGAAAUGGACACGCCCCCAUCUAUCUUUGGUAUACGCUGAGUCGCAAAGGGUACCGGGGGCUCGAGAGAGAGGUAGCGGCCUGCUUGACCAAUGCCCGGUUCCUGUACCGUCGGCUGAGGGAAGAGAAGGUUGGGGCCAUGCUCAACUCCUUGAGCAGCACUGUUGUGUUCGAGAGACCACGGGAAGAGGCGUUUGUGCGCAAGUGGCAGCUUGCUUGUCAGGGGAAGAUUGCUCACGUUGUUGUCGUGCCAAGCGUCACAAUGAACAAGCUGGAGGCAUUCUUCAGAGAGCUGCUCGCUAGCAGAAAGAAGUUCUUCGGCGAUGGCGUCGUCGUUCCGCCGUGCAUUGCCGAGGACUUGGGUGCGGCCCACUGUGAAUGUCCCGACUGUCGUGCAUCUCGAGAGGGCGCUGAAACACAGCCAGCGGGCCCAGCAGGCCCAGCUCCGCUAGGAAAGAGCCACAAAACGGGACUGUCACAGUGGCCCUGUGGUACGCCAUAGGACCAUAGCGCUUCGCCGUA